AUGUGCACCUUCUUCACCCUGACCUACAGCUGCGGCCACACGCAAACAUCUCACCGCUGCCCUCGCUCCACCAUCUACGUAUACGGCAAGAAUGGCGAACAAGUCCCCCGGAUCGACGGCUGCGACAGCACCCACGCCAUAAACGCCGAUCUCCGCGACAAUUGUAUCGACUGCAAGAUGAAGGACGGGCUCAUGCCGGGGGUGACUACCGGCGUGAACGGGUGGUCGCAGUGGGGCCCGAAAGAAGAAGCUCUCUCUGCGCGGGUGAAGAGCAUGAAAGAGGGAAUUCAGAAGAUGGACUCUCCCGUGGAGAGUAGCGCGGUGCAAGCGGAGGAUUGGGAGGAGCAGGUGCGCGCUGCGCUGAUGGAUCAACCGCGCGGGCAGACGAGUACGCCGGAGACGAUGACAAGCAGCGCGAGAAGCGGUUCAAUGCAGGCGGAGUGGAGGCAGGAAGCCUUUAGGGUCAAGGACCAGGAUGAGGAAAAUGACGACUGGAUGUGGGGUGGUAUGAUGGACUUUGGUGCAGAGAGUGCUCGGAAUGGAGGAAAAGAUAUGCCUAUGCGGAUGCAUCAGAAGCAGACUGCACGACGGUCGCAGCGGUUAGGAGGGUGA